AUGCUUUUUUCCGCUCAAAAACAAAACAAAAUUGGUACCUGGCAAACUCGGGGUUUUGUUCGAUUUGGGCCUAUUAAAUACCAGCGGGGCCCGCGGGGAGCGGGAGCCCGAGCCUCGCGCGCGGGCGACGCGGCCGGCGGGCGACCAUGCGCCUCUGGGUGCCCCCCGCUCGCCGCCCCCAGCUCCGCCCGGCGCCCCACGCCCUCCGGACGCGCAGCCGGAGGCGCGGGCCUGACCUGCGCAUUCCCACGCACCCCGGCCCGUUAUCCGAGCGGGCACUUCGGUGGGAGCCCCCGCGGCUCGUCCAGUGCCUUCCCGAAGCCCGCGCGGCCCCCCUCCCCUGCCUCCUGCGGGCUGCCCCGCCAAGCCCCUCCCCGGGGGCCCGCGUCCGGCGAGAGCUUCCCUCCGGCUCAGGUUCGCUCCGGGGACGGGAUAAGGUGUCAGCAAGGCGGCCAGACGCCUCCCGUAGGCGGGGGCGAAACCAGCCUGACCUCCUUUCAUCCUCCUCGCCCCCCCCCCCCACCGCCCGCGCGGGGCGCUCCCCUUCAGCGCCCCUCCCCGGCCCAAGACAGGGGGCGUCCCGGCAGGAGGCUGAAGGGGGCGCAGCCGGCGCUCGGAGGGGAUCCGGGGUCUGGAUCACACUUCAACUUGGCAGGGCUGGGGCUCCGGGCGACGGACGGGGCGGCGGGAGGCAUGACGGGAAAUUCCUGGGCACGGGCAGCCGAGUCCAAAUAUGAGCAUGGGAGACGAGCGAGGGAGGACCGCGGAGCGCGCCCGCCGCGGACGGGGCGGCUGCCUGGCCUCGGCGGCCGCCAACUCCCUCCUCCUCUAAAUCCUCCUCCUCCACAGCCGCCGCGAAGCUGCCGGCCGCGAGCGCGAGCAAAAGGUGGAAUCUCUCCGCCAGGGAGCAUCCCUCUCCGGGGUGGAGGCCCAAGAGCAGAGCCUAGCAUCCCACCCAGGUCCCACCUAAGACCCCUGAGCAGGGUAGAGAAGAGAGAAACCACCACGGGGAGACCAGACAGCGAGCGGAGGACGCGAGGGAAGACGCCUAAGGAGCUUGAGGAGACUCCCGCUGUGCCCCCGAUCACUGGAGAGCUUUGGUCAUGA